AUGGAACUGAAGGUCGUGUAUCGCGUCCUGCGCAAGAUCUCUGACUGGACUCUCGAAGGCUAUUAUUCCGAGGUACAUAUCGCAGGUUCCGAGCAUGUCCCGGAGGAUGGGCCCUUGAUUAUAACCCCAUCGCAUCACAACGAACUCAUCGACAUUGCCACCGUCGCCGCAACCAUUCCUUAUCGCCGCCAUGUCUCGUUCUGGGCCAAGUCGACGAUGUUCGCCAACCCCAUCACGCGCGCGAUCCUGGUCUCGGCGGGCAGUAUACCAGUGAAGCGGAAUCCCAACAGGACACCAGAUGCCGACGCGGGCUCAGCAUCUGCUAGCAAAACCCCAUCGCAGGCCGAUCUCUUUCACGACUCGUUUCUGGCACUUUCGAGAGGACAGGUGCUCGGAGUCUUCCCCGAGGGUACAAGCUAUACUGAGCCCCGCAUAGCGCAAAUCAUGUCUGGUGCAGCCUGGGCCGCAGCAGAGUACGCAAAGUGGCAGCGUCGCGGCAGAGCUGACAAGGCGACAUCGGGGGACAGAGGCUUGGUGAUAGUGCCAGUCGGCAUAGUAUACACGGACAAGGCGAAAUACCGUAGUAGGGUGACUGGACUGACUCGAUGCCUUGUCAGUUACGGGAGUCCCAUCGAUGUGACUUCUUACUGUGCAGAGCUCUUCGAAGGCGCUUCCGAGGAUACACGGGGGAGCACGCGCGAGGUCGUCAAGAACAUCAUGGCGGAGGUCGAGAGUCAACUGACGGCUCUGACGAUCAAUGCUCCCGACUGGGAUACGCUGUAUGCCUCCCGCAUAGUGAAGGAUAUGCUGUGGAUCGACACGCCCAUUCCUCUGCACGUAUACGUUGAUGUCUCUCAGUCAUUCGUGGAUAUGUUCUCCAAGCCCGCUCAUCUCCAGGCGCGGGAUACGUUCGUCAGAUACUACUCACUUUUACAUUACACUCGUCUAUCGCACGCCUCUCUCGAUCACUUAUACCCCCUUUCUAAUAACAAUACCCAUUCAUCGCCCUUGCCUUCUCCCGUCUACGCAGUUACCAUCUUCCUUAAGCAGCUUUUGAACACCUUCCUCCACCCACGCGCCCUCUGCUUCCUCCCACCCUUCCUCGUCCACCGCCCCGCCUACAUAUUCGGCACCCUCGCCGCGCGCUUCCUCGCGAAACGAGAGGAGGAGGAAGGGCAAGCCCAGUUCAAGGCCAUCUUUGGGGGCUUCGGGUCCGGCUUAUCCUAUGGUUUCGUCACCUGGAGGCUCAGCAAGUGGCUGCAAGGCAUCGCCUCUGGGACACAAGGUGUCUUCCUUUCGACGCGUCCUGGAUUAUUUUCGGCGCUCCGCUACGUUGGUGGCGUCCUUGCGGGACAAGAAGGCGCGUUGAAGCGGACGAUAACACUAGCUGGCUUGUUCUAUGGUGUCUCGUGGAUUCUUGUCCGCUGGCACAAUUCACUCGUUGAUAGUAAGCCUUCAUUCAAGCGUCUCGUAGCUUCGUUCCGUAUUUUCCGUGGCCUAUCGUCACGUCCCACCGGCGUAACCGAGGCAGAGCUGGACCAGUAUGCCCGACCGCCGCCGCCACCCACGAAUCCAUUCAUCAAGCGUCGGCCCGUGACCGGCAACGGAAACGCUUCGGGUCAUGAAGACAACCGAACGACAGACACACCUAGCCGAGCUGAAGUACCUACGGGUAUGCUAAUCCGGCAUCUGUUCGACACUCGAGUGAAGGCUCUGCAAACACUCAGUCAUGUCUGGUGGUCCUUGGACAGUCAACAGAGGGACUUCCUGAGGAAUAAUGGAUGUCGCGGCCUAUGA